AUGAACAAAUAAUUUACACUUAAAAAAGCAUUCUUCUAAAUUAAUAUUUAAGAUAUUAGAGGUAAAAAGAAGGCUUGUGAAAUAUGUUAAAAGGAUUUUAGUGUAUUAUAGAAGGAGCAUUAAUGUAAGAGAUGUAAAAGAGCUGUUUGUUAUUCAUGUUCAUAAAAUAAAGAAAUAAUCUAUAAAAUUGGAUUAUAUAAAUCUGCUUCAAGUGUUGAUUAAAAGCCUCAUAGAUAAUGUGAUUUAUGUCAUGAAGAAUCUAAAAGAAUGAGAUAAUUUAUUCAAUCUAAUAGUCUUGCCUUUGGAAAAGACACAUUAUGUGAGAGAUGGCUUAAAUAAAUGAAUAAUAAAAAGAAUUACGAAGAAAUUGUAAAGGAUUAUUAUGAUAAUCUAAAUGAUCCUCAAUUUGAAUAUAAAUUCAUGAACUAAGAUGCAUCUGAAAGCAUGGCAUUUACAAAAUAUAAAAAUGCUAUAAAUAAUAUGUAUAGUAAACUAGUUGAUUACUGUGAAGCAUACAAUUAUUCAUUCUAAGAAUUUUAUCAUCAUAUUACUUAAAAGAAAGAUGCUACAUCAAUUUAAAAUGCCAUAUGCAAUAUCAUUAAAGCAUUUCUUAACAAACAUGUAAGUGUAUAUAUAUAGGAUUUAGCCAAAAUUUGGAUUUGAUGAUGAAUUUAUACUUGUAGUACAAUUCUUUUUAAGUUUUGCUUCAGAACCAUUAGCAUUUAUGUGUCUCUCAUAUUUUUAUGAAUUAGUAUAUCCUAGAGAACUAUAUUAUACUUUUCUUAAAUCAAACGAUUAUGAUAUAAAGAAAUACUCAAAACUUAUAUUAUCAUUAUUAGAUUCAGUAUUCCAUCUUCAAUCAUCAGAUGUUUAAAAAAUAUAAUCUUAUUUAAAACAUGAUUUUUAGAAAUUAGCUUUGACUUUAUCAAUUAAUUCUCUAACUUUUGAAAACACUUUUCUAAUAAUAGAUAAUUGUAUUAAAGUUGGUAAUUUUUUGGAAUUCUCAAAAGGAUUGACAGCUAUAUGUUCAUUGAGAAUUGAAGAAAUAAAGAAAUAUGCUGAUGUUUCAUAUGAGAAAUUGGCUGUAAAGAUUUUAAGAAAUGUUGAAUUUAGAGAAUUAUAAGAAUAAUUAAAAAUGUUUGAAGUUGUAGAUUAAAAGAUAUAAGAUAAAAUAAUUAAAUAGUUCAUUUAAGAAGAAUAGAAAGCAAAUUUUAUAUUAGAUGAUAAAUAUCUAUAAAAUAAAAUAUUAUCAAGUGAUUAAUACAAAGAAUUAUAAUAUAAAUAUGAACUUUUGGAUAAUGAGAAAAAUAAUUUGAAGAAAUAAAUUGAAGAACAAAAUAAAAUUUAUUAAAUAACAUUAGCAGAAAAUUAAUAAUAAAAUUAAUAAAUUUAAUAAUUAAAAAAUGAAAUGUCUAAAAUAAAAUCUGAAUUAUUUGAUCUUUAAAAUUUACCAUAAAAUAUAUAAACAAAUUAAUUAUAUACAGGUGGAAGUGAUUAAUCUAAAUUUGUUGCACUUUUAUAAGCUUAAAUUUAGGAGUUAAGAGCUUAGUAUUAAGGUUUAGAAGAAGAAUUAUAGACAGCACAUAAUUAAAUUAAUAAUAAGAAUGUAGAAAUUAGAAAAUUGUAAAGUAAUGUUAGAGAAAAUAGUAAAACUUUAACUGAUUUGGCUUUUGAAAAUCAUAAUUUAUAAUAUGAAUUAGAUUCUAAUCUAGGAAGAUCAAGAACAAGUACAAGAUCAAGAACUUAAAUUGAAGAUAAAUUAUCAUAUGAAAUGUUAGAAGAAAAAUAAAAGAGAACAGAAAAGGCUUUAGAAUAAUUAAAAGAAUAAUAUGAUGAAUUAAAAUUAAAUCUUGGAGAAUAAGAAUUAGAAUUAGUACGUUCUAAAAGAUUCCAAUAGGAAGCAUAAUUUACAAUAAGCACACUUUAAUUAUCAAUUACAUCAUUAGAAUAAUAAUUAUUAGAUGAAAGAUAAAUCAAUUAGAAAAAUGUUGAAAUUAAUAAAGAAAGACUGGAAAUGUAAUAUUAGAAAAUGAAUGAAAGUUUAGAAAUAGUAUAUAGUAGAAAUGAUAAAUUGAUGACUGAAAAUGAAUAAUUGAAAAAGGAUUUAAAAGAUUCUUAAGAUUUGUGUUAAGAAUAAAAAUAAAUAAUCAAAUUAUUAUAAGAAGAAUAUGAAAAAUAAAAGUAUUUGAAUGAAGAAUAAGAGAAGAUAUCAUAAGAAUUUAAAAGCAGAGAUUUAGAGAGAUAAUUUGAUGUAUUUGAGACACUAAAAGAAAAUGAGGAUAAAGAAAAAGAGUAAUUGGCUAUCUAAUUAUUUAAAAAGAUAGAUGAUUUAAUUAAGGAAAUUUAAUUUAGAAGUAUAGAUUAAUUAUUAAAAAGAGAAUAAUUAAAUAAACUAUUUAGAGAAGUAAUAUAAUCAUAUUAUUAUUAUUAGAGUGCAUAACAUGAAAAAGCUAUGAGAAUACUUUUAGAUAAAGUAGAAAAUUAUACUGAUAAAAAGUUAAUGCAUAAUCAUUCAAUUUCAUCAUAAUAAUAAUCUUUAAGAUUAGAAGCCUCAAUUAAAGCAUAGGAUGGAUUAAAUGAUAAAGAAAGAACAAUAAACACUUCAGAUAAUAAAAAAUAAGAAGAUUGCAAAAUAAUGUGA